AGCGCACCCCGAGGACAGGUGGGUACUUAGUUGAAAUGAGGUAAUUACUGAGGAAGAGUUGAGCGCGUGGGCGUGAGUAGAGUUCUUUUUCUAUUAUUUAUUAGAUACUGAUACAACGUAAGAUAUGACUCAAUGCUGCAGUUGUAAUACAUAUGGAUAUGGUUCCCUGAUCGUGAUCUCGUUGAUACUCUAAAAAUUUUAUUUGUAGUUUUUGCACAAUUACUACAUCAAUAUUUUUCGUAAGGUCCAUUCACCUUUCUUUUACUAUUUCUUCUGUUCGGUUUUGUCAAUGCCCGCCGGUGCUUCUUGUCGCGUCAUCUCGUCCUACGACACCGAGUCUGGCCGUCGAACCAGACGCAGCAGUGUAUCAGACGCAUCAAGCCGCUAAACCGAUCUAAAGGAGCUGGCAACGAACUGCGAUGUGCCACUAGCGCUACUCUACGCACUCAGCAUUCCGAAGGAGGUGAAAUAUAAUCGCCACGACGAUCAUUUGUUCGAAAUACAACGACGCGAAGAUGUCAAUCGUUGCCGAGCGUCGUGAGCAGUCGCAGAGCAAGGUUCUGCUCAUGGGACGAGCGUCUGCCGGAAAGACUAGUAUCCGAUCAAUUAUUUUCGCGAAUUACCUUGCGCGCGAAACGUCGAGGUUACACCCGACAAAUCAGGUCGAACACUGCAACUUGCGGUUUUUGGGCAGUUUGCAGCUGAAUCUCUGGGAUUGCGGUGGCCAGGAUAUCUUCAUGGAGAACUACUUCGAGUCGCAGCGAGACCACAUUUUUCGCAACGUCCACGUCUUGAUUUACGUCUUGGGAUCAGCUGGAUCGAAGUCAGAGCAUGAGGUACUACAGCCAUAUUAAUUCAAGAAUCAUGUCGACCGCACAGUAAGUUCUAUGUACUUGCCUAGUUCUUCUAGAAGGUCUACGUAUCUCAACCCUUAAUACCGUUACAACCUCGGAAAUUGGAAUUGAAAUUAUAUGAAACCUCUUUACCCAGUAAUAGUACUAAUACUAGUCUAUCGUAUCUACAAUAACACCAGAUACAAAAGGACAUGACCUACUUGAAGAGCACAGUGGAUAGCAUACGGCAAUUGUCACCGACUGCGCAGUGCUUUUUCUUUGUUCACAAGAUGGACUUAGUACCCGAACCACAUCGAGCAUCCGUCUACGACCGAUAUAAGAAGCAAAUCGAUACUAUAGUGGGCAACGAUUUGAAGAUGACAUCGUUCCCGACUAGUAUUUGGGACGAGACGCUAUUCAAGGUAUCUCUCAGUAUGAUCAUAGUGAUCUGAAGAAUGAUUAUACAUUUGGCCUUCUUGGGCUAAACUAGACUUGCUAGAGGAAUAAAAAGUUUGAAUAAUUGAGACAUCUGUCUUUGGCAGAAAGAAAAACGCACGAACACCAAGCUACAAGUACAACAAGGUCACAAUAAUUAAGUAUUUAAUUUCCUCACCUCCAUCUCAAACCCAGGCCUGGUCAAGAAUCGUGUAUUCGCUCAUACCGAAUGUGCAUAUCUUAGAGAAGCAAUUGCAGCAUUUCUGUGAGGUUUGUGAGGCUGACGAAGUAGUAUUGUUCGAGAAAGCUACCUUUGUAGUGAUAUCAGCGUCCACAAGGAAAGAAAUGGCCGACGCUCACCGCUUUGAGAAGAUCAGCAACAUUGUUAAGCAGUUUAAGCUCAGCUGCGGGAAGGUAUAGAUACAAUUGUAAUUACUGAUGUUCGUUUUCGUGCUAUUGAUGUCAUCUUCAUACAUAGACAAUUACAAUUUGUAUUUCUUUGAUGUUGAUGUCCCCCUAUGAUUUUUCUUUUUGUUUUCUUGCUUAUCGUUAGACAUUCCCGAAGUAUGCUCAUACUCACUCUUCAUUCAACAGGCCGGUUCGUCAUUCAAGCGACUGACGGUGCAGAAUAGUUCAUUUACGGCGUUCAUAGAGCGGUUCACACAUAACACGUGCAUCAUGCUCAUAGUUUCCGAUCAGACUAUGCAUCCAGCCGCUGCCAUGACCAACAUCGAUGUUGCGAGGAAACACUUCGAAAAGCUUGCCACCUUGGGUUUUGGCGCCCACCUAUAACAAAACUCUCACUCCUGACUUUUCAUAAGAACUGGUUCCCGCACCCGUGUUGCGCGAGCGCGUACCCGCUUGCUUUAGCUUAUCCCUGAACAAUUAACUUCAUAUUCCGCAUUCUUGAUUCAAUUUAUAUUAGAAAGAAUCCUAGUACGAUUCUGGUUUUUGGCUUUCUGCGCUAUUUAGUUCGCUUGUUUAUGAGUAUAGUUCUGAGCUUCUUUGUUUCGAGCCACGAUACAGAAGAUGUGAGCAGACUACUUUAUCAAGAUGUGAAGUAACAUCUUUAUCGAUAAGGAUCGAACAAGAAAGAUGCAGCGAAACUCGUUGCAUUUUAGUAAGUUCCCUAACGCGGAGGAUAUGGAUCACUGAAAGCCUGCG